AUGCCAGACAGUGAUUUCGCUCCUCCUGUCUAUGCUACAAGGAAUAAGUUCCCCAAUUACCCUGGGAAUCCUGACCGUGAUGCCGGGGUACCCCCAUAUCCCUGGGUUCUCACUGCUCCUGGAGCCCCCAUCUACCACAUUCAUACUUUUCCCAUACCUUCUUGGUUGUCCCGUCAUCCUCUCCCUCCUUGGGCUUUCCGCCUUCUUCCUCCCUCAAAAAGACCUAUGGGACCUUAUUUCCCACCUGAUAGAGCUGCACCUACUGCAGCCAAUCCAUAUGUACCUAAGCCUCUUGCCCCACCUACUACAAACCCACCUACUAUCCCAGAGACUGAGCCACCUGCUGUGACAGAGCCUGAUGAAGCAGAAACUGCAGCAGCUGCCCCAGGACCUCAGUCCUCUACUUCUCUUGACCAGGUGGGUUGCCUCAGUCUUACUCCUGUGAUGCGUGAGAGGUGUAGGAGCAGGAAAGAAACAGUCUCUCCACAAGCAAACAUAUACUGUAUCAGCUGA